AUGGAUGUCGAAAGCGUACCCCGCGGAGAUGAAGAAGAAGAAGAAGAAGAGGUGGAGGAGGAAGAGGUAGAAGCAAUACCCGAGACCCAAGUCUCGGUUAAAGGUAAAAGAGAGUGUCGAAAUUGGGGGAAGGAUGAAGAGGCGUGUUUGGAAAAAUCUUGGUUAAACGUUUCCGAGGAUCCAUACGUCGGAAACGCCCAAACGGCGGGUUCGUUUUGGAAGAAGGUGAAGUUUCAGUUGGACUCACACUUGAACCGUGAGUCAGGACGUACCCCAGAAAUGUGUCGGUCGAAAUGGAAGGAUUUGAAGCAUAAGGUGUUGGGUUUUUGUGGUAUUUACAAUGUGAAGAAAAGUAAGAUGUCGAGUGGCCAAAGUGACGAGGAUGUGUUUAAGUCGGCUGUGGCAUUAGGCGUGGCAGUUUUGAGGAGAGGACCGAAAUGGUCGGAGGUUCUUACUUUGGAGGGGAUUUGUGAGGAGUCGGGUAGCAAAAGGGCAAGAACGGAAGGGUCUGUCCAUGUACGUUCAUCAGGGGAGCCGUCGGUGCAUAUUGACUUGAAUGAUGACCACUUGGAGCAAGAAGGGGAGGGAGGGAACAACAUGGAUGAUGCACCAGUACAUCAGGCUAGACCCGUGCCACCCCGCCGUAAAGCUAAGGGUAAGCAGGCUGCUCCUUCCGCCUCUACUACAUCUGAGGAGUUCUUGAAGAUGGUCGCGGAGUUGAAAUGCGAUAAUGAGGAUAAAAAACGAUCUCGAGAGGAGAAGAUGCAGAUGUAG